GGCUGACCUUGUACAAAUCCCCUCCUGUUCUAAUUCGCUGCCUGUGGCUCUGCUGAUAAAAGGACCGGAGGGAACUCUGCUUCUUAACCUUGCAACUCAGCCACCAUCUCCCAGGCCCUGAGAGCCAUGAAGCUUCUUUUCCUGUUUCUUGCCAUUCUUCUGGCCAUGGAACCAGUGAUGCCAGGAAAAGAACUUCUUCGAUGCAUGGGCAACGCAGGAGUCUGUAGACCCUCUUGCAAAAAGAAUGAGCAACCCUACUACCACUGCAGAAAUUAUCAACCAUGCUGCCUCCAGUCCUACAUGAGGAUAAGCAUUACUGGUGCAGAGGCAAAUAGUGGCUGGUCCUAUGGGAACCACUGGCCCCGAACACCUUGAAUGCUGGCCAUCACACUCUUCAAACUUUCUGGGAACAAGAUGUGAUGUUAACCGCCCUCAUUAAAAGUCAUGCAUCUGCCA